GUGAAGCAGCCACAAUGUGGACACCGGGACCGCUGCGGACUGACUCUCACACACCGUGCAGGUGCCCCGGCCUGAGACUGAUGGAGCUAUUGCCCGCCGCCACAUUGCUGGCGCUGCUGGGAGGAAUAUGCUGCUCGGUGCCGCUCGGCGACUUCUACCCGUUCGGGCUGGAGAACGGCGACUCGGUCAACGGCAAAGUGGACGAUGGAGGUUCCGGGCUCCUGGAGAUCUCGCACAGCUUCCCCUUCUUCGGGGAGAGGCACUCCGGGCUUUACGUGAAUAAUAAUGGGAUCAUAUCAUUCCUGAAGGAAGUUUCCCAGUUCACGCCAGUGGCAUUUCCGAUCUCUAAUGACCGUCGAGUGGUGGCGGCCUUCUGGGCAGAUGUGGACAACCGUCGAGCUGGAGAUGUCUUCUACAGGGAGACCAAGGACCCUAUGAUCCUUCAGAGUGCUACCAAUGACAUUAGGAGAUACUUUCCAGAGCUUGAGGAAUUCACCACCCAGUGGGCAUUCGUGGCCACUUGGUACAAAGUAACAUUCUUUGGAGGAAGCACAUUUUCACCGGUCAACACUUUCCAGAUUGUCCUGGUCACGGAUGGAGAGUUUUCUUUCACUAUCUUCAACUAUGAAAAUAUCACCUGGACAACAGGAAUGCAUGCCAGCAGUGGAGGGGAUUUUGCUGGAUUAGGAGGCAUUGCCGCACAGGCAGGUUUUAACGCUGGAGAUGGAAAACGCUACUUCAAUAUUCCUGGUUCACGCACGGAUGACAUUGUGGAUGUUGAGAUGACAACCAAUGUUGGAAUUCCUGGCCGCUGGGUAUUCCGGAUCCAUGAUGCCCAAGUCGAGAUCGGUGGCUGCAAUGAUACAGCCUCAGUGUGCUUGAAUCUUCGACCAUGUUUGAACAAUGGAAGGUGCAUCGAUGACUGCAUCACCGGAAAUCCUUCUUACACUUGCUCGUGUCGUGCCGGAUUCACGGGCCGGAGGUGUCAGAUAGACAUUGAUGAGUGUGCUUCAUACCCCUGUCACAAUGGUGGGACGUGCUUGGAUGGACAAAAUGCCUACACUUGCCAGUGCACUGCUGGGUACACAGGAGUGAUUUGCGAAAAAGAUAUCGAUGAUUGUGCGUCAAAUAUCUGCCAAAAUGGAGGCAUGUGCAUCGAUGGAAUUGAUGCAUAUAGCUGCAAGUGCCUAAUAGGCUUUACCGGGAAGCACUGUGAGAUUGCUGACUCCUUGUGUAAGAGUAAAGAAUGUCAAAAUGGUGGUGUCUGUGAUAUAAACAAUGGAACGGCAGUGUGUAUUUGUCAGAAGGGCUACACUGGAGAAAGCUGUGAAAAUGAAACGAAUGAGUGUAACUCCAACCCAUGUCUGAAUGGAGGAGAGUGUAUUGACUUGAUUGAUAAUUACACCUGUCUGUGCCUUCAGCCGUUCACUGGAAAACACUGUGAGACAGAUGAGAGCACAACAUUGAACGCCUGCCAGCCAAACCCAUGUCUGAAUGGCGGUAGUUGCAACGAGACCGAAGGUGGCUACUUAUGCAACUGUCCGGAGGGGUUUACAGGUCGUGACUGUGAGAAUGAGGUGCUCCAACUUUGCAAUGCCCACCACCAGUGCCCCCAUGGUGCUUCCUGCGCUGAAUAUGGAGGAACGUAUCGCUGCAUCUGUCCGCAGGGAUCCAGCGGGAAAGAUUUGAUCCCAUCCCCUUGUGACUCCGAUCCCUGUCAGAAAGGAGGCACUUGCAAGGAAUUGGAUGGCUCCUAUACCUGUCAAUGUCCACCAGGUGUCAGUGGACUGCACUGUGAAAAAGAAAGACUCCGCUCCUGUGCAUCCAGUCCAUGUCGGAAUGGUGGAACCUGCAAAGAGGCUCCCGGAGGAACUUACCAGUGCACCUGUUUGUAUCGAUUCACUGGCAAGAACUGUGAGACAGGUAAACCGGACCCUUGCUCCUCCAGCCCCUGCCAGAACAGUGGCACCUGCUUCCAUUACAUUGGAAAAUACAAGUGUGAGUGUCCCAGAGGAUUCACAGGACGGCACUGCGAUACAGAGGUGGACUGCGGAAUUCCCAGUGAAGUGAAGCACACAGAGCUCCUCAUUUCUUCGACCAAGUAUGGCUCCGUUGCUCAGUACAUUUGCGAAGCUGGAUUCAUUGUGCAGCCCAGUACUGGGGAGAGUACCUGCCAACUGGAUGGAAGAUGGAGUGAAGCACCAAUCUGUGAUGAAAUCGAUGAAUGCUCUUCAGAGCCCUGUUGGAACGGUGGGAGCUGCAAGGAUGGGAUUAAUAGCUUUGUGUGCGAGUGUCAGAAAGCAUUCACUGGAACAUUUUGUGAGUCAGCUGUGAAUCCCUGCCGUCUCAGCCCUUGUGGUGCCCGUGGCUUCUGUCGGAGUGUGAAUGGGUCGUACGUCUGCACUUGCAAAGUCGGGUACUCUGGCAAGCAUUGUAACGCAGAACUCGCUCCACCUGCAGAACUGAGAGUGGAGAAAUCUGAAGAAAAUGCCAUCGAAAUCUCGUGGCAGGCACCAGGAGCUGACAGCACCCAGGACUUGAUCGAUGGCUUUGCAGUAACGUACACAUCGUACAACGGGGAGAUGCGCAAGACCGACUUUGUUGACAAGAGCAGGUCACGCCAUUUGCUGAGAUCACUAUCACCGGGAAGACUUUACAACAUCUCCAUUUUCUCAGUGAAGCGUAACGUUAAUCAGAAUGACAUCAGCAAACCUGCUGUGCUGCAUGUGUGGACAAAACCCGGUCCUAUUGGAAAUCUAUCUUUGGCAAAUGUCACUGCUACCAGUAUAUCCAUCGCCUGGUCUUUGUACAGUCCGAAACAGGCAGCGACAAGCACAGUUCGACUGUCCCUGAGGUCUUCUGACUUGGUUAGGGACAUAACAGUCCCACUGAGUUCCAAUCUCACACGGUACACCUUUGGUGAUCUUUCUCCACAAGAACUCUACACAGUGGAGGUUGUGCCACAGAUGGGUCUUAAAGGCCAGGACGAUCCUUGGAGGGGAAUAGCAACACAAUCCCUAAUUGUGUGGACACGACCACUCCCUCCUCACAAUCUUGUGCUGGCUGGAGUCACAACAACCACGGCAAAACUCCACUGGAACAACCCCCCGUCUGGCUCUAGCAAUGGCUUCAUCUUGAAUAUCACAACCAACCACAACUUAAAAAGCCGCCACCUUCCCAAUGGAAAGUUAACCACGUACAACGUGCGCAAUCUGGAGAUGGGACGAAGAUACAACCUGGCGCUAAUGAGAGUGCUGAACACGGAGAGGGGCAAGCUGGUUAGUGACCCAGCCCAUCUGACCUUCAGCACAGUGGGAACCCACAGUGGCACAAGCCAAAGGGAAGGCCAUGGGAAAGGCAAGGCCAAGUCAGAGCCUGUCAAUGUAGGGGUGCACAACAACCUGCUGCAUAUCACAACACAACCUGAUGAAGAGGCCGAAAUCAACAACAGGAGCUACGAAGACAAUUCUCAAGUCAUAAGAUACUCCGAGAUGGUGGAUGGAAGAGGCAGAAUCAGUGCCACAUUUGGCAAUCUACCGCCCAAACCAAUAACUCACCGAGCAUCUCCAGAGCCUCCAAUUCAACUAGAAAACUUGGAGGAAUCGACUAAUCGAAUCAGUCUGGCCCUGGAGAUGCAAGAGUCUGAGGCCAAUGCCAAGUCUGAGACCAACAGCAAGCCCGAUGACCACCAGGAAUGUUCCUCAAACCCCUGUAAAAAUGGAGGGACUUGCGUGAAGGGGAUGAACUCGUAUCUGUGCGACUGUGAAGCAGGGUUCAAGGGAAAAUACUGUGAAUUGUUUUGCAAGAAACUACCACACCCCUGCACACGCCUAUACUCCGAAACUAAAUCUAUUCCAGUGUGGGAGGACAGUGUCUUCCAGUUUAAGUAUAGAAGAAUUUAUAAAGUUCACCAGGAUACCUGCUACAAAGAAGUUUGUGAGCCUGUAAUACACAGAACACCCAGAAACAGAAGGUUAUUCAGACGUUAACUAAUUACUGGGCCUUGUAGCUGAUGUGUGGAAGGAGAUCACGUCCGAAGACAUCAGAAGGAUGGUGCUAGUUAAUCCACCACAAGUUAACGCAUUGUAAAGACGGGGCCACCCAUUGAAGAGUCAGCCAAGACGUCUUAGUGUUGCUUUGUUCAAUUUGAGGAUGUCAAAGUCCAAAAAACUAGGACAGUUGAAAUCUGAUCAACACAUAACUUACUGAAGAAGAAUGCGUGUGUGGAAGGAAGGGAGGGGAGAGCAGAUGCACACACUUUUACAUGUCUUUGUGUUCAAGCAGAGAGAGAGGUGAAUGGUUGAGUGAAUGAAUGCUUGUAGUGCAAGGGUGCCCAUGAGUGUGAAUGUGCCUGUGUAUUCACAACCGUGUGUCUGCAGUGUAUAAAUUCUUCAAGCUGGGAGACAAGAUUGCCGGGAAUUUGAAUUGCGUUGUCCUGAUGAUAGCAUUGUGCAGAUUUCAAUCGAAUAAGUGUGGCUCCAAUAUAUUGUGUAAAAUAUAGAGCCCCUAGACUGCCUGACAGCGUGCUUAAAACCCUACCUCUCUUGCUAUACCAAUGUGUUUUUUUCCAUUUGUGUUAUACUUGUGCUAGUUAGUAAUUAAAAUAUUACAACUGUU